GGAAUUGGCAACAAGAAAUUCUGGCUGGGAACAAACCAACCAAGAGCCUAUUGCUCAACAAAUAUGUAGGAGAGGAGGCCAUUGAAUGACAUCGCGCCAUAUAUGCAGGCCAUCGCUCGAGUGGAAUCCAAAUGGGAAGCGACGAGUAGGUCGUCGGUGUGAGGGUGACAUGGAGGAGAUCUUGUGAUGAGGAGGAGAUGAGAGAUUAUGGUCAAACAUGGAUCCAGGUGAAGAGGACAACAGAACAUAAAACAGAGUGAAGAUGUGUUGUUGAAGUCCUCCCAUUGUUCCACUUGGAACCCGAGGGAAUAGUAAUAUAUAAUGUACUGACAUGCACUCUUUAUGAUAUAUUGUAAUGGUUCACAGAUUCCCAUCUCAAUUUUCUAAUGACCUACUUUCUCUUUUAUAAAAAUAAAAACAAAACCUGUUUAUGCUAUAGAACAUUCCGAUCUAUCUUGAAAGUGAUUGGUAACAAUCUAGACAAGUACACUGGAUAUCCAAGAACUAUAGGUGAAUGUGGUGGCAAAAAUUAUCACUUUCUUCAUCCAUCUGCUAAUUUAGAAGAAGCUGCUGUAGGCACUAUUCGUAGUUCAUUUGAAUACUCUGGACAAAAGUGUAGUGCAUGCAGUCGUCUCUAUGUACCAGAGAGUUUAUGGGAAAAAUUUAAAGGUCUACUUCUCAGUCACUAUAAACAAUUAAAAGUUGGGUCGCCGCUUGAUUCAGAUACAUUCACUUCGGCUGUUAUAGAUCAAAAUGCAUUCAAAAAAAUUUCUAGUUACCUACAAUAUGCAUCUAGUUGUGCAGAUAUUGAAGUUAUUGCUGGCGGUCAUGGGAAUGAUAAAGUCGGCUAUUUUAUUGAACCUACAAUAUUAAAAACGAAGAAUCCAACGGAUAAAUUAAUGAAGGAUGAUAUUUUCGGACCAAUUGUAUGUGCAUACGUGUAUCGUGACAAUGAAGUCGAUAAAACAUUAGACUUGGUCAACACAACCACAGAGUAUGCAUUGACUGGUGCUAUUUUUGCUCAAGAUGAAGCGUUCAUUAAGUCUGCAACUGAUCGUCUUAUUGAUACAACUGGUAACUUUUAUGUAAAUGUUCAAUCGACUGGAUCUGUAGUUGGUCAACAACCAUUUGGAGGCGCUAGAUUAUCAGGUACAAAUGAUAAAGCUGGAGGACCUCAAUAUGCACUACGUUUUACAUCUCCACUUUCGAUUAAAAGACAAUUGAAGCCUAUACCAUCAUGGAAACAAGCUCAUAUGAAGUAA